CUGACAAAGCAAUUGGCUGAAAAAGUCAAGAAGAUUGCCGAGUUGCAGGAUGCCUACUUGCGCUGUCUUGCAGACCAAGAAAAUAUCCGUGAGCGUAGUCGUAAAGAGGUCUUAAGCUCUAAGGAGUUUGCGAUCCAGAAAUUUGCCAAGGAUCUUCUUGACACGGUCGAUAUCCUUGGUAUGGCACUUUCUGCUGUACCACUCGAGCUGCGUGAGAAGAAUGAGAAGCCAAGCAAGGAAGUGAUCCACGAUGUCGAACGUGUUCUGGAUCAACUCUCUAACCUCUAUAAGGGUGUUUCGAUGACCGAGACCGAACUUCUUAAGACACUUAAGCGUCAUGGUGUAGAGCAGGAAAACCCCGAGGGAGAGACUUUUGACCCUAACAGACACCAGGCUCUUUUCCAAGCCCCUAUGCCUGACAAGGAAGCCGGUACAGUUUUCUCUGUGCAGAAGAAGGGUUAUAGCAUUAAGGGUCGUGUACUGCGUCCUGCCCAAGUGGGUGUCGUC